CAAGAUUUUUCUCGGAGUCAGAGCUGCCCGAGCGAAAGGUUCCCGACCAAGACACGCCCGACAUCCCUCACGAACACCGGGGGAUGUGGAGAUUUCAGUUGAAACCCCUGUUCGUCUUGUCUCAAGUCAAUCCAAGCCGUAUAUUCUGCCGACAUCGCCACUUGGGCCUUUCAAAACUCGACUCUCUUCGUGCAGGUAUCAUGUCCGGCAAUGCCCCCCCCCAGGGCCCGCUCGCAGGCCAGAGUCAACAAGCGCAGAAAGAACAACAGCAGCCGGCUCAGAUACAAGAGGUUCAGGAACAGCAGAACCCGGACUACUCAACUUGGAGUACGACCAGCCUCAUUGAACGGAUUACAGAGUUAGAACGCCAACUGCAUUCCCGGAAUGCGGAAUACAAACCCGCGCCAUCCGCGUCCACCUCCACGCCGACAAAAACGCAAGCGCAUUUAGACAAACAAAAAGAAGUCCCUAGAUGGCUCGCGACGGGAAAAUAUGACCCCGACGACAUUACGCACACCCCGGCUGUGCGACCUCCUAAACAACCGAAGAAAAUGGACCCCUCACAGUACAACUUCCGCUUCAUCGCAUUAAAAUUUGCAUACCUGGGGCAGCGAUAUCAGGGUCUCGAGCAUGCGAACAACAAUCCAACGGCUUUGCCGACGAUUGAGGAGGAGAUGUGGAAGGCGCUCAUGAGGACGAGGCUGAUUUUCCCAACGGAUAUGGGGGAUGAGGAUGUUCCCGAUCGAAAGGCAAAAAGGAAAGAAAUUGAGCCGUUUAACAUUAGUUGGGAGGGGUGUGAGUACUCCAAGGCGGGAAGGACGGAUCGUGGAGUUAGUGCUUUUGGCCAGGUUAUUGGGCUUAAGGUUCGCAGUGCUCGGCCGAAGCGAAAGGAGCCAAAGCCUGCUCAAGUAUCGAAUGACACUGCGGAAACUACACGUGAAACGGUGGCGGAUGAGGACUGGGAUGAUAUUGCGGAUGAGCUACCCUACAUCAGCCUGCUGAAUAAAGCACUUCCAGAGGAUAUUCGCGUGCUGGCAUGGUGCCCAAAUCCACCAGAGGAUUUUGAUGCGCGUUACUCCUGUCGUGAGCGUCACUACAAGUAUUUCUUCACGCAACCCGCAUUUUCCCCGACACCGGGCCCUCUUGGGCUUCUUCCACGGAAGGGUGAUGCGCCUCCAAAGUAUCGAGAGGGGUGGCUAGACAUCGAUGCUAUGCGUGAAGCUGCUAAGUAUUUUGAGGGCGUGCAUGACUUUCGCAACUUUUGUAAAGUUGAUACAAGCAAGCAAAUUGAAAACUUCGAGCGAAUCAUAUAUCGUGCCGACAUCGAGCUACUUGAUCCCAGGAACAGCCCGUUGGGAUACGUGAAUCGGCCGGAAUUCAGCGCAUUAAACUACCCUGACACAGAUUCUUUGACCCAGAAACCUGCAGGCUCAGUGCCUCCUGGAUGUCAGGUAUAUGUGUUCAAUCUGCAAGGCUCCGCUUUUUUGUGGCAUCAAGUAAGACACAUGGUUGGCAUUCUCUUUCUUGUUGGCCAAGGACUGGAGUCACCAUCAGUCGUGCGCGAAUUGCUCGACGUGACGAAAAACCCGCGCAAACCGAUGUACGAGAUGGCAUCUGAUGCCCCGCUAGUUCUUUGGAAUUGCGUCUUUCCAGCAAAGGACAGUGAGACGCGAGAGGAUGCCCUGGAAUGGGUCUACGCUGGAGAUACCAGACAGGCAAGGAGCGAGUACGCCAAAGGGUCGGGGAAAUACGGCGUGGGCGGCGUGGUCGAUGACCUCUGGGCUGUUUGGCGGCAACGCAAAAUGGACGAAAUUCUGGCCGGCGCACUGCUAGACCUAGUAGUUCAACAAGGUGAUCAGAAUGCUAUGCGAACCGGAAACAUCAAGAAUCUAGAGCGUGAAAAACAGAAUAAGGUGCACAGAGUCUUUGGUGGAGCAAACGAGGGCAAAGCUAAGGGGCAAUAUCUCCCUCUCGCGCAAAAGAGGAAGAUGGAUACUGUUGAAGUCCAGAACGCAAGAUACCUCGCGGCAAAGCAGCGGAGAACGGACAAAAAGGACAAAGGGGGUGGAGCAGAAUGA